AUGGCAGUUUCAGGAAAGAAUGGAAAUAUUGUAGAUCAUGCGAUGUUAGAAAAGUCGCGCACUCCUACUUGUGACCCGUUAAACUGGUCCUUUAUGGCCGAGGCUUUAAAGGGAAGCCAUUUUGAGGAAGUAAAGCGGAUGGUGAGGGACUACCGUAAGCCGGUGGUCCAGCUAGGUGGCCAGAUGCUGACCAUAGCUCAGGUGGCGGCGGUGUCCUGCGGCGGAGCAACGGUAGAGCUGGCGGAGUCGGCGAGGGCCGCCGUGAAGGCCAGCAGUGAUUGGGUGAUGGAGAGCUUGGAAAGAGGUAUAGACACAUAUGGAAUCACAACUGGGUUCGGUGCAACCUCACACAUGAGAACCAACCAAGGUGCUGCCCUGCAAAAGGAGCUCAUUAGAUUCUUAAACGCUGGAAUAUUUGGCAAUGAAACGAAAGGAACGAGUGAUCACACACUCCCACGUACAGCAACAAGAGCUGCAAUGCUGGUGAGGAUCAACAGCCUUAUUCAGGGCUACUCAGGCAUCAGAUUUGAGAUUCUUGAAGCCAUCACUAAGCUUCUCAACCACAACGUCACUCCACUAGUGCCCCUAAGAGGCUCCAUCACUGCCUCUGGAGAUAUUCUCCCUUUUGCAUAUAUUGCAGGGCUCUUGACCGGCAGGCCCAAUUCCAAAGCCCUUGGGCCCAACUGUGAGCCCAUGACGGCUUCUGAGGCCAUCCAAUUUGUGGGCAUAAAUGGUGGCUCGUUCUUUGAGUUGGGCCCCAAAGAAGGUCUGGCAUUGGUUAAUGGCACAGGAGUUGGUUCCGGGUUUGCUUCAAUUGUUCUAUUUGAAGCCAAUGUCUUGGCUCUAAUGUCACAAGUUUUGAGUGCAAUUUUUGCUGAGGUUAUGCAUGCAAAAAUAGAGUUCAUUGACCAUUUGACGCACAAAUUGAAGCACCAUCCUGGCCAGAUUGAAGCUGCUGCAGUAAUGGAGCACAUUUUAAGUGGAAGUUCUUAUAUGGAAGAGGCGAAAAAAGUUCAUGAAACGGAUGCUCUACGAAAGCUUAAGCAAGACAGAUAUGCUCUUCGAUCUUCACCUCAAUGGUUGGGACCGCAAAUUGAAGUCAUUAGAUUCUCAACAAAAUGUGUUGAGCGUGAGAUCAACUCUGUCAAUGACAAUCCUUUGAUCGACGUCUCGAGAAACAAGGCCUUGCAUUGUGGAAAUUUCCAAGGGACCCCUAUUGGUGUCUCUAUGGACAACACAAGAUUAGCCUUGGCCUCUAUUGGGAAACUCAUGUUUGCCCAAUUGUCUGAGCUUGUCAAUGACAUCUGCAAUAAUGGGUUGCCUUCAAAUCUCUCCGGGGGCAGGAACCCGAGCUUGGAUUAUGGAUUUAAAGGCGCCGAGAUAGCGAUGGCAGCUUAUUGUUCCGAGCUUCAGUUUCUUGCCAACCCGGUUACCAAUCAUGUGCAAAGUACUGAGCAACACAACCAAGAUGUGAACUCAUUAGGACUAAUAUCUUCAAGAAAAACGGCUGAAGCAGUUGAGAUCUUGAAGCUCAUGUUGUCGACGUAUUUGGUUGCUCUAUGCCAAGCAAUAGACUUGAGGCAUUUGGAGGAGAACAUGAAGAGCACAGUUAAGAAAACAGUCAGUCUAGUGGCUAAGAAGGUCCUAACCGUGGGGGUCAAUUUGGAGCCACACUCUUCAAGAUUUUGUGAAAAGGAGUUGCUUGAAGUGGUUGACCGCGAGCAUGUUUUUGCCUACAUCGAUGAUCCUUGUAGCGCAAGGUAUCCUCUAAUGCAAAAGCUGAGGCAAGUCCUGGUCGACCAUGCAUUAGAGAAAAAAGAUGACCUGAAUGAAAACGCUUCAAUCUUUCUAAAGAUUGGCAGUUUUGAGGAGGAAUUGAAGACCCUUUUGCCUAAAGAAGUUGAGUCUGCAAGGAAUGCCUUUGAGAGUGAAAGUUCCGCCAUUUCCAACAGGAUCAAAGAGUGCAGGUCUUAUCCAUUGUAUAGGUUUGUGAGGGAAGAGUUGGGGACUGAAUUCUUGACUGGAGAGACGACGAAAUCUCCAGGAGAAGAAUUUGAUAAGGUGUUCUCCGCAAUUUGUGACGGAAAAAUAAUUGAACCAUUGUUGGAGUGUCUUAAGGAAUGGGAUGGCACUCCCCUUCCCAUAUGCUAA